UAAAACAAACCUGACAACAUUUUAUUUCAGAGGUCAUAGCUGCUGCUAAGCGUUACCUAGAAUAUAUUUAAGGCGACGAAAGCAGGGGAAACUUUCCUCCAUAGCUCGAUCAGACUAUUUACCGCCCGGAGAGAUAUAUGUCUUCCAUGAAUUAACAGGGCACGUACUCGGUGUCACAAUGAUCAGUACUCGAUGUCGAUUAUCUUUAUAUCCCUGGAAGAGGCACCACUUGCUACGACAUUCACAACAGAAGUGUCUCCAUACAUCAUUGAGACUGGAACACAAGUACUUCGUCACAACUCCAAUCUUCUAUGUUAAUGCUGCUCCUCACCUUGGCCAUCUAUACACAGCCGUCCUUGCAGACGCCUUGACCAGGUGGCAGAGACUUGUGGGUAAUGAGACCCUGUUCUCGACUGGGACGGAUGAACAUGGACUAAAGGUUCAACAAGCUGCAAGCAAGAACAAGGUUGAACCACUUGAAUACUGUAACCAAGUGUCUGCUCUCUUUAAGAGAUUAUUUGAGAAUGCCAACAUUGGAUAUGAUGAUUAUAUUCGAACUACAGAGCCAAGACAUAAGGAGUCUGUUCAGUGGUUUUGGGAGAGGCUUGACGAUGCGGGCUGUAUUUACAAGGACCGAUACGAAGGCUGGUAUUGUGUGACAGAUGAAUGCUACUUGUCAGAAGACGAAGUCACAGACAGCACGGAUGGAGAAGGAAAUAAAAUAAAGGUUUCCGUUGAGAGUGGGAAUCCUGUGACGUGGAUGACGGAAGACAACUACAAGUUCCGACUGUCCCAGUUUACGGACAGACUGUCAGCCUGGUUAGACUCUGGAGUGAUUCACCCAAGCAAGUUUGAAGCGAUGGUUCGGCGAUGGGUUGAAGAUCUACCGGAGUUGUCUGUGUCGCGACCCAGUGAUCGUCUCCCUUGGGGGAUUCCUGUUCCUGGAGAUCCAUCGCAGACUAUUUACGUUUGGCUGGAUGCUCUAGUAAACUAUUUGACUGUAGCCGGCUUCCCUGGCAAGAUAACUAACUGGCCACCCGACUGUCAAAUUAUCGGAAAAGAUAUUUUGAGAUUUCACGCAGUUUACUGGCCGGCGUUUCUGAUGGCUGCGGGGAUGGAUCCGCCCAAACGGCUGCUUGUUCAUUCCCACUGGAUGGUCGACGGUUUCAAGAUGUCCAAGAGCAGGAGGAACGUGGUCGACCCGGUUAAACAAAUGUCGACGUUGUCAGCUGACGGGCUGAGAUAUUUCUUAAUGAAGGAAGGCGUCCCACACUCUGACGGAAACUACAGUGACGCGAAGGCCGUGGAGUGUGUGAACAGCGACCUCGUCAACACCCUCGGCAAUUUGCUAAGUCGGUGCACGUCGGCGGCCAUCAACCCGAGACAGGUGUUCACCGAGCCCAGCAGUCGGUCCCUGGUCCAAGAUCUCUCACGAGACGAGCAGGCGGCAUUCAGUCAACUCAACGACCUGCCAGAUAUAGUUGCGGAGCACUACGAAAAUGUCUCCAUCUACAAAUCUCUGGAUGCCAUCAUGCGACAGUUGAAUUCAGCCAACGCCUUAAUGCAGCAUCACCAACCCUGGCAGCUUGCCAAGUCGAACAGCGCAUCGUCACGGCAACACCUGGACACUGUGGUUCACGUUGCCAUGGAGACUCUGAGGAGAUGUGGAAUACUCCUACAACCGGUCACUCCUGGUGUGUCGGACAAGCUGUUAUCGAGACUCGGCAUCUCGCCAGAUAGCAGACGGCUGGUGAAUGCCAAGAGUGCGUGGCCGUGUGAAUCAGACUUGGGACCUACUACUUCAGUGCUGCUAAAGAGAAUUGAUAGACAAAGAUAACCUAUGGCUAAUAGAGAAUAGGCAUCAGAAAGAUUCCAUGAGCUGGGGGUGGUUGUGGUGGUAGUACGGGAGCCAGGUCGAUUUAUCUAUGUCGGAGAGUCAGGAAGGUUUGAACAUUGAUUCUUAUGUAAAAAUAUGUGUACGGUAAAUUACCACUAGCGGAGAAUAGGCACCAGAAAGAUUCCAUGAGCUGGGGGUGGUAGUAUGGGAGCCAGGUCGAUUUAUCUAUGUCGGAGAGUCAGGAAGGUUUGAACAUUGAUUCUUAAGUAAAAAAUAUGUGUAGGUUACCGCUAGUGGAGAAUAGGCACCAGAAAGAUUCCAUGAACUGCGGGUGGUUAGGAUGGUAGUACAGGAGCCAAGUUGAUUUAUCUAUGUUUGAGAGUCAGGAAGGUUUGAACAUUGAUUCUUUAAAAAUAUAUGUAGAUUACCACUAGCAGAGAAGAUUCCAUGAAAUGGGGGUGGUUGGGAUGGAUGGGGAGAUGCAGGUAUUAAAGUUUGUUUUGUUUAACGACACUACUAGAGCACAUCGGCUAUUGUAUGUCAAACAUUUGGUAAUUUUUUACAUGUUGUCUUAGAAAGGAAACCCGCUUCAUUUUUCCAUCAGUAUCAAGGGGCCUUUUAUAUGCACCAUCCCACAGGCAGGACAGCACAUACCACGACCUUUAAUAUAUUAGUCGUGGUGCACUGGCUGGAACGUGAACAUAUGGCUAGUGAAGAAUAGGCAUCAGAAGAUUUUAUCAACUGGGUUUUUUUUCCCAGCUGUUAUUUCACCUUCUCGCAAACUAUAAGUCAUGGAUCAUUCAAACUUGGUUUCUAGAACAGUAAAUAAAAAUAUCUAAUUUAAAACAAAAAUGUAUUCCCCUACUGGUCCAACUGGAGGGAUUUAUAGGUUUCAUCUUCGUCCUUCUGUCUGUCUGUGUGUCCUUCCGUCCAUCUGUCCCACAUAUAGUUUUCCUGAUGUUUAUUUUUUAGAAUGGGAUGAGAUAUUCAGCUCUUACAGAUCAAGUUUGACUGUCAUGAAGAUUUGCCCAUUUAUGACAGAGUUAUGGCCCUUGAACUUAGGAGAUUUAAAAAUGAGUUUUUCUCACUUUUAUUCUGAAGCGUCUGAAGAUAUUGAGAUGAAAUUUAGUUUAUUUCUUUAUCAUGUACUGUUACAGAUCAAGUUUAUCUUUCAUGGUGAUUUACCCACUUUUCACAAAGGUAUGCAGACCUUGACCUUAACUUUUUUCAGUGGUAGCCCACUGGGCUUCCAGGUUAUGAAAUCUGGUAGCCCUCAAUAAAUUUGGUAGUCCAUAAUUUUAAUAAACUUUUAAAAAAGGAGACAAAAAAGCAAAAUAAUUUAUUUUUAUUUAAAUGUUGUUUUAGGAUGUUUUUUUUGGGGGGGUAUUUAAGCAUCUUGUUGAUUACAGAGUAACUGGAGGUGCAAAAAAAAUCUAGUAGCCUGGCGGACUACCAGGUAUAAACAUCUGGUAGCCCAAGUGAGAAAUUGGUAGUCAAAAUACCCUGGGCUACUGCUAAGGUCGAGCCCUGGGUAUGUCCCUUGAAUUUAGGAGAUAGAAAAGUUGUGUCCAGUAGGAUAGAUAGAUAGAUAAGUAGUUUAACGUGCCCAUAUACCACUAAGGUUUCGAACACACCCAU